ACGGGUCGGAUUCUGAUCACAUCCAUCAACCCGUUAACCCGACAACAAUGCAAACAAUCUCCAUCCCCAUCCUCCGCCCCUCCAUCUUCUCCAAACCCUCGUCAUCUUCCUCUCCUCUUCGUGCCCGCCUCCCCAAACCCUUUCCCCCUCUUCGGGCCACCCUCAAACCCCAGCCCCACGACAACCCUCUCCGAAUCCCUCAUCCCCUCCGCCGCUGCAGCAGCCGCUCUCGCCCUCGCUGCCCUCCUAUGCCGCCCUCUCAAGCCCGCACUCGCCGCCGCGCCCAUCUCUCAGUCCGAGACCCUCCCGGAAUCCCUCACCGACGAUGAGAAAGUCCGCGCACUCGAAGACCACCUCGCCUCUGAUCCAGACGACAUCAAGGCGCUCCGAUCCCUACUUGAGCUCAAAGUGAAGGCUAAUCUCCUCCCUGACGCUAUUGCCAUCAUCGACCGCCUCAUUGCUCUGGAACCCGACGAUAAGGACCUCCCCCUCCUCAUGGCCCACCUCCAUAGCCAUGCCGGCGACCCUGAGGCCGCUAAUCAGUUGUUCGAGGAUAUCCUCUCCAAGAACCCGUUCCUUGUCGAAGCUUACCACGGCCUUGUCAUGGUGGCUUACGAGUACGAAAGCGGCGCCGAGCUCGAGGUUGUCCUCAAAAGAGUUGAGCGUGCGAUUGAGAUGUGCAAGAAGGAAGGUAGGAAGGACGAUUUGAGGGAUUUCAGGCUGUUGGUGGCUCAGAUUAGGGUGGUUGAAGGGAAGUAUGAUGAUGCACUCAAGGUGUAUGAGAGAAUGGUCGCAGAGGAGCCGAGGGAUUUCAGGCCGUACCUUUGCCAGGGGAUCAUAUAUUCCAUGCUGAAGAAGAACGAUGAAGCUGAGAAGCAGUUCAGCAAGUACCGGAAACUAGUGCCAAGAGAACAUCCUUAUGCUCAGUACUUUGAUGAUAAUAUGGUCGCCAUGAAAGUUUUCAUGCAGAUGGAGGAGAACAAAACAAGAGGAGUUUUGAAGAGAUGAAUGAUAUUUUCAGGAAGAUAGAAGCUUUUUGGGGUAAUGUCUUUGUCCUCUGAAACUAUUGAUUUUAAUGUGUUUUUUUUUUCUCUUAGUUUAGAUGUUUAUUUAUGCAGUUCAUGGUUCCUUUCUUUGAAAUUAUCUCUUUUAUUUUUAGAGUAAUGUAUCACAUGAUGUUGUUUUCUUUUGCUAAGUAAAUCAUGGCCCUUUCUGGUCCUGGCUUGUGCUUAAUCUCAAUUGACUUGUUGAACAAAUAUAUUAGUUUGGUA